GUCGACAGAUGAGGCAAGUCGCGUUCCGGUCAAAGGCCAAAAUCAUCGACUGUUGAUUCGUUGACGCACACACACGCACAUAUCACACAUUCACACACGCACGUGCUUGCUCGAGAAAAUGUUUCAGACGUUUCAGUUGCGGCGGCGGUCUGUCCCACACGAUUAUUGUUCGCGGGUCUGGUAAUACGGUUUACGUGGUGUAACACACAUGCGACCUUGGUAGCGGCAAGUAGCGGCUGGGAAAUCGUAGCGCGGACGAGAGUGAAACGUUAUUUUCAGAUCUGUCACUUUUUCGCGUCGAUUUACUGACGAGACUGCCAAAAGUAUGUCGCCGCCGCGACAGGAUACCGUUGAGAAGGAACUUCGCAAGACUCUUCCGCAGGAGAAGAUACCGUCAAACGGCAUCAAUGCCGUUCUACUGGGACCACCCGGUAGCGGCAAGGGUACUCAGGCACCUUUAUUGAAGGACAGAUAUUGCGUCUGUCACUUGUCCACUGGUGAUAUGUUGAGAGCUGAGGUCAGUUCUGGUUCAGCUCUCGGAGCUCAGAUUAAGAAGGUAAUGGAUGAAGGUAAAUUGGUCAGCGAUGAUUUGGUUGUCAGUAUGAUCGAGAGCAAUCUGGAAAAACCCGAUUGCAAGCGUGGCUUCUUGCUAGACGGUUUUCCGAGAAGUGUUCCACAAGCGGAAAAGCUCGACGAAAUGCUUAACAAGAGAAAAACAAAGCUCGAUGCUGUGAUUGAGUUUGGAAUAGAUGAUGCAUUAUUAAUUAAAAGAAUCACGGGUAGAUUGAUACAUCCAGCAAGCGGUAGAUCUUAUCACGAAGAAUUUGCUCCGCCGAAAGUUCCAAUGAAGGACGACAUCACCGGAGAACCUUUGGUCAAGAGAUCUGAUGACAACGCCGAAGCUUUGAAGAAACGGUUAACAACGUAUCACACGCAGACUGCACCAUUAGUUGAUUAUUAUGCUCUGCAAGGACUUCAUCACUACGUCAACGCCGCUCAGUCUGCCGAGAAAGUCUUCAAAGAUAUUGAUAAAAUUUUCCUUAUGAAAUCCACAGAGAAGAAGAAACAGAGUUUUUUCAGCAGAUUUUUCUAGAACACUGCCAAUAGACGCGUCGUAAAACAUUCUUGUUUCUCUUUUUUAGAAUUUUUUCUCCGAAAAAGUACGUUUAUAGAAAUAAUCACACAUAUAUACAGAGUUAACAUACUUUUAAAAGUAUCGGUUUAUAAGUGUCUAAACGUUCGCUUUUAUUGAGAUCCGCAAUUCGCAUCUUUAAACAAUAACACAUGAAAUCUAGAAUCGCCGUAAGCGAUGCAUCUCGUAGCAAUAUAUCAAAAAGACUUGUUGGGCCUAUUCUGUAAUUUUUAACGCGUGCGUUGUGAAUCCGCGCAGACUAAACAUAUCGAUGUGAAUGCGCAACGAUAGAUUAAAUGAGAAAUUGUCGUUACAGAAAUUACAGAAUAAGAGAACUGAAGUAAAAGUUCUCGUGAAGCAUUAUAAUUUUGUGUAUAUGUAUGAAUUAUGAGAUCGUGGAUAACAUAUAUACAUUCUUUAUGGUGCGUCAAGUGAGGAAUGUAAAAUACCCGCAUAUCACCGAUAUACGGACAUGUCAUCAGGAUAACGUUUUAAUGUUCAUAGAGAAACUGAUAUCUUUGUAUAUAACAACUGUGAAGAGUAUUCUGCUUCGUUGUUACUAUAUUUCUGUGGUAUUGUUUAUUUUUAUUAUCGCUUUUUUCUAUUAAGAUUUCCAUCGGGAUAUACAUAAAUCUGCACACACACACACAUACACACACAAUGACAAACAAGUACGAACCAAUCACACCUGCGCACAUUGAUCAAGUUUCGGCAAUAUAUUCGCUUGUUAAAUAAUAGUUCCGAAUGCUCAAAGUAAUACAUUGGUUCGUACGAAAAAAAAUGAAAGUCGUAAACUACGAUAAUUUCGCUAAGUUAUUUUAUGAAACAUGUACAUGAAAAUAAUAUGUACAUAAAUAACAAAAUUUAUGUAAACAAAAACGGUGAAGAUAUUGUACUUGGUUGAAAGUUAAAAGUUGUGACCGUUUUUGAGUGUUGCUUCAGACUCUCACACAGACAUAGAAAUUUGACGAGAUAUUAUAAACAAAAAAACGCGACCACAAAUGAUAGUCUAUUUUACAUAUAAAAGAAGCAAAUAUAUAUAUAUAUUCUAGUAAGACACUAAUUUCUGUAUGUACAUAAGACAAAAAAAUUCUACUAUUUUCUGAAAAGAAAAUAAAUGUAUAAGUCUAGAUUUAAAAUAUGUAUUAUUUGCGCAUAAUUUUUAUUACACAAUUUCUACCCUUCAGUAUAACUUAUAUCUUGAUAAAAGUUUAAAAAUAAGUUUAUUUUUUAACUUUGGAACGGUAUGCGUACACAGCGCAUGUUCGUAUCAAUAUGUUCUGUCAACAGGUCUGUUCUUUGCCUCUGCAUUGUUUUGGUUCCAUCUACCGGUUCUAGUGCAACCGCUGCGACCUGAUACGACAGAGGAAAGGAACAGACCUGAAAUUCUAUAUAACAGAUUUUCUAACCUUAAAAGUCGUCACUUUAAACGCUUAGUAACUUUUUUCACAGAAUCGAACAACAUUUUAUUUUUCAAAUUAUAUUCUACGCACAAAAGAAAAUCAAUUGAAAAAAAUAGUUACUAAGAAAUUAAAUAUACGAUAUUGUUUUGUAUGUAAAUAUAUACGUAUGUACAGUGUGAAUUACAUGUAAUAUGGAUACAGAUAUAUUAAAGGCAAUACUAAAAAGUUGUAGAAAUACAGAAAAUAAUGAUCAGUCUGAAAAAUAUGAAGACAUUUCAAGAGAAACUUUGCUAUGCUCACAAUCCGAUGCUAUUUUGAAUACUUUAUGCAAAUCACUGAGCAAUCUUCUGUGUUAUAAAAUAUCUAAAGAAGCUUAUCAACGCUAUUCAGUUCGAUUGUUGGUAAUUGAUAUCUUGCGAAAAUGGUGCAGAACAACGAGCAAUUUCGAACAUCUACAAGUGCUUACAUCUAAACAAAACACAUUGAAGUUUGUAAGUAUUCUCUUAAACAAACAUUUGACAGAUGAUAUUUUGGACGAAUGCUAUUCCGAAGAUGCUCUGAUAUCUUUAACCGGAGCUCUAAUACACUUGUCAGUUGAAAAUCCAGUUUUGAUGUCUCAUGUGAACAGACUACUUGUGAAACUCACACAACUGGAGACAAACGACAAAAUCGAAAAGUUGUUUCACAGUGUUCUAUAUUCUAAUCUGAACAUUGAAUUAUCCACAAAGGAAAAGAUAUACACUGCGCAAAAGUUCAAAUUAAUAGAAGAACCGUUGCUCAACAAUUUUGUGAACACGUUCUUUAAUACGCAGAAAGACAAUACUUGUGUCGACAUUCAUACUAGAGACAAAUUGGAUCAAUUGUUAAAAUUUAGUUCCGAGUCUGCACAUACGUUUCAAUUAACGCUCCAGUUUUUGAAGGAACUGCUGGUUCAGCUGCGGUAUGCUCCGGCAGUUCUAGAUUUCACAAAUUACAUUUUAAAAUGUGUGUCUGCUCAUUGCGAAAAUCGGAACAAAGACAUAUUGGAUCUCUAUCCCAGAAAAUUACAUUCUUGCAUUAUCUUGUUGAGAAUACAACCCAAGUAUCACACAUUACAAACGCAAGAAUACACAUUGCAAAGCAUGAAACAAAUCUUUGAUGAAAACAAGGACAGUGUAUUGAUUCUACUGUCUCAUUUUCCUGAGUGGCUUGAGUAUUUUGUAAAUUACGUCGCUACGCAAGUAUAGAGAAAACUGGAGAAAAGUAAUAUAAACUUUACAGAACAAUAUUUUUCUAGUUUGUGUAAUUGCUGCGUGUAAUAUUAAUGUGUAAUUAUUUUGUGUAUGUAAAUUAAUUAUGAAAACAAUAUAUUUAUUAGAGUGUGUCUAUAUUUUUGCUUACAUAUCGUGAAAAUAAAACAAAUUAUUUUUCAAAGAAUAACGAGAAAAAUGCAUAUUGAAAACAGAUCUUUAUUUCAUUUUUCUUUGGAUUGGUCACGCCGGAAUGUCUUUCUUAAAGAAAGUUGGUAUUCCAAGCUUCUCUUUGUUGAGACUUCAAAGUCUCGACAGACACUCAUACACAUUAUCUGUGAAGUAUAUCUCAUGUUAGAACCACCUUAUGUACGAAACAAUAAAUUGAAAACAAAAGAACGUA